CUUCUUCUUCUUCUUCUUCUUCUUCUUCUUCUUCUUCUUCUUCUUCUUCUUCUCUUUGCUUCCGUUCGUCAAUAAUGGAAGGAAGUAAUUCAAUCUCCACCGUUUCGUCUACUCCACUAUCUCAAUCUCCUUCUUCUUCUUCUUCUCCCGCUUCACCGCCGCCUCUCGUUCUUAGUCCUUGUGCGGCAUGCAAGAUUUUGAGGCGGCGAUGUGCCGGACGAUGUGUAUUGGCGCCCUAUUUCCCUCCCACUGAGCCGGCGAAGUUCGCCAUCGCUCAUCGAGUUUUUGGCGCGAGUAAUAUCAUUAAAUGCUUGCAGGAACUGCCUGAAUCACAAAGGGCCGAUGCAGUGAGCAGCAUGGUUUAUGAAGCAAAUGCGAGGAUCAGAGACCCUGUUUAUGGAUCAGCCGGGGCCAUUUGCCAACUCCAAAAGCAAGUCAAUGAUCUUCAAGCGCAGCUAGCCAAGGCUCAGGCUGAGCUUGUCAACAUGGAAUGCCAACAAGCCAAUCUGGUGGCCUUCGUUUGCAGGGAAUUAGCUCAGUCUCACUACAAGUGUUUUGAUGAUUUCAAUGCCAGCACUCACAGCGACUUCCAUAGCAUCACCCAAACCAACUUCGAUGAUAAUAGCAAUGUAAACCAACUAUGGAUUAUCUGAUCAUUUGGUUUGUGCAUCUAAGGUGUUUGAUAAAAGGUUCCAAUGAAUUUUCACCAAACUCUUGAGCCAAUUUCUGCUUCAAAAGGAGGGAGAUUAAAUCUCUCUAUCCUCAAUUCCUCUGUUAGGCC